AUGGCUACGACAGUAUUGUUUAAAACGGCGUUGAAAAAUGCUAAUGGAAAAUUAUUUGCAUAUGGCAGUAGAGAGGUAGGUUCUUUCACUGCCACACAGUUCAGUCGUCGCCAUCAAUCUACGCUGAGUCCCUCAUUAGUAAACUUGCACUCAGAAUUGAAAUUAGAUGAAUUACAACCUGAUAAUACUCCGGAUUAUGUCCGUUUGGUACUCCGUUCAUCUGUAUAUGAUGCGAUUGACGAAUCACCAAUUUCUCCAGCUGUAGGUCUCUCUUCUAAAUUGAAUACGAAUGUCCAGUUGAAAAGAGAAGAUCUUUUACCUGUAUUCUCAUUCAAGUUACGUGGUGCUUAUAAUAUGAUUGCCAAAUUAGAUGAUAACGUAAGGAAUCAAGGUGUCAUCGCAUGUUCUGCAGGUAAUCACGCUCAAGGUGUCGCAUAUGCUGCAAAGAAACUAGGUAUACCUGCUACUAUUGUCAUGCCAGUUUCCACUCCUUCUAUUAAAUAUCAAAAUGUCUCAAGAUUAGGUUCACAGGUGGUUCUUUAUGGUAAUGAUUUCGAUGAAGCAAAAGCUGAGUGUGCCAAAUUGUCAGAAGAACGUGGUUUAACUAAUAUUCCACCUUUUGAUCAUCCAUACGUUAUUGCUGGUCAAGGCACCGUGGCUAUGGAAAUCCUCAGACAAGUUCAUAAUGCUAAUAAAAUUAACGCUGUCUUCGUGCCAGUUGGUGGAGGUGGUUUAAUAGCAGGUGUCGGUGCUUAUUUGAAGAGAAUUGCUCCUCAUAUUAAAGUCAUUGGUGUGGAAACUUAUGACGCAACCACACUGCAUACCUCAUUGCAGAAUGGUAAAAGAACUGAAUUGACAAAAGUUGGAACUUUUGCCGAUGGUACAUCAGUCCGUUUAAUCGGUGAAGAAACUUUUAGAGUUGCCCAAGAAGUCGUAGAUGAAAUCGUCCUGGUAAACACUGAUGAGUUAUGUGCUGCUAUUAAGGAUGUUUUCGAAGAUACUAGAAGUAUCCUUGAACCAUCUGGUGCUCUAUCAGUCGCAGGUAUGAAGAAAUACAUCAGUGUGUUACAUCCGGAGAUUGACCAUUCUAAACACACAUACGUUCCAAUUCUUUCUGGUGCGAACAUGAAUUUCGAUAGAUUAAGAUUUGUUUCAGAAAGAGCAGUUCUUGGUGAAGGUAAAGAAGUCUUCCUAUUAGUUACAAUCCCAGACGUACCAGGUUCUUUCAAAAAAUUACAGAAGAUUAUUCAUCCAAGAUCAGUCACGGAAUUUUCUUACCGUUACAACGAACAUCGUCAUCAAUCCUCUAAUGAUGUUCCUAAAGCGUACAUUUACACCUCCUUCAGUGUCGUUGAUCGUGAAAAGGAAAUUAAGCAGGUCUUACAACAAUUACAUAGUCUUGGCUUUGAAGCUAUCGAUAUUUCCGAUAAUGAAAUGGCCAAAUCUCAUGGUAGAUACUUAGUCGGUGGUGCAUCUAAGGUACCUAACGAAAAGAUCGUUUCUUUCAGUUUCCCUGAAAGACCAGGCGCUUUGACCAAGUUCCUUGCUGGUAUGAGUGAAUCAUGGAAUUUGACAUUAUUCCACUAUAGAAAUCAUGGUUCGGAUAUUGGUAAAGUACUUGCUGGUAUUUCUGUUCCUCCAAGAGAAAAUUUGACGUUUCAAAAAUUCUUACAAGAUUUAGGUUAUGCAUACGUUGAUGAAACUGAUAAUAUGGUUUAUCAGAAAUUCUUAAAAUACUGA